AUGCUGGCUAUUGCUGCUGUCGCCUUCAUGGCCGCCUCGGCGCGCGCCAUCAAGUACACCAACGACUUUUCUUCCGAGCUCACCCAGCGCUUCGCUGAGCGCGAGCAGAUGAACUUCAACUCGUCACCGUGCACCAACGUUCAGCGUGCCGAGUGCUACGUCAACAUGGAGAACAUGGACCCGGCCACCUGCCAGUGUGUCGGCCUCCAGCCCUUCCAGCGCACGCCCAACCAGCCCGUUGCCGACACUGCUCUCUUCCCCUUCUCGUUCUCGAAGGACGUCAGCGCCCUCGCCGGCUGCUGGGACCAGGGCAAGGUCGCCGACUCCGAGGGCCAGUGUUUCUCGCUUGAAGAGGGCGACGAGGAGCACGAGAAGCGCACCUUCCUCUGGCGCUGGGGUCGUGACCCCGGUACUGCGUGCAGCAACGCCUCCAAGACGAAGCGCUGCUACAAGCUCGGCUUCCCCUGUGACUAUCGCUGUGUCUGUAUCGACCCGCCCCAGGUGUGCAACAAGUGCUACAACAUCUUCGCCAUCAAGAAGUGCUUCCUCCAGGGUCUCCAAGUCAACCCCGACUGCUCUUGCAAGCCUCGCCGCCGUUGCGACUGCUGGGACCAGUGGCGCUGCCAGUGCAAGGGCGGCCACCUUGACGACAACUGCAACUGUGUUGUUCCCUCGUCCAAGCCCCGCUGGAAGCGUGCCCCUGCUUGCCCUGCUGGCCAGAAGUCCUGCCCCGUUGGCGGUGGUAAGAACGAGUGCAUCGACGUCCAGUCCAACCUCGAGUCUUGCGGCGGCUGUGCCCAGGGCGGUGACGGCAUUGACUGCACCACCCUCGCCGGCGUCAACAACGUCCGCUGCAUCAAGGGCGAGUGCGUUGCUUCGUCCUGCAAGCCCGGAUUCGAGCUCUUCGGAAACCAGAUCUGUGUUCAGACCGCCGAGGCCGUCGAGGCUACCGUCUAA